GCGUCGUGCUGAUUUGAACAGAAACGAUGACCAAUGUUGAGUUGGUGAGAUCACUUCAGCAUUUGGGGUGACGCCAUUUGUUGUUGGUGCCAUGAUGGCCUUGUGUGGAAUUCCUUCACUAAAUGUCAUCACCGGUCAAAGCCAAGUUUCAUCUCCGGCCUUGUAAUUCCAGAGAAACUGACCCAAAAGGUUACCAUAGUAACCAUCUUCCCAAGUGCUCCAGAAUGGCUAGUCCCUCAGCUAAGCGUAAAUCAGACAGCUUUAAAAAAGUACGAAAGAACUGUAGAAAGAAAAUGACAAUGAAGAAACGAACAUUCACAUGUCAUAAAUGUAAGGCUCAUUUCAGAAUAGAAACAUAUCUUGUUAAACACAUGAAGGAAUGUCCAGGGUCACAGCAGGAGAUGGUGAUUUGCCAUCUGUGUGGGAAAGGUUUCCCUGACCGAGCAGGCAUUGAGAAGCACCUGCGAGCCCACACGAAGAGCCCUUGCUGCUUCUGCACAAUGUGCAACAAAACAUUUGCUGAGUUCGAAGACCUUGAAGCUCACAUCAAUGUCUGCAAAGUCCUGAGAUUACGAAGAAAGGAGAUGAGAAAAGCAUUCAUCAGAAAGCAUCAAAUUUUUAAAAGGUUAGAACAAAUUGAGAUUAUGUCUGAACAUGAAACAUCAAAUCAAAUCAUUGUUUCACCUGAUAAAACUGUGGAUAUUGCUGGUGGGUAUGCAGGAGUUGUGAUCAAAGAAAAAGAGAAUGUUGAUAUGAACAGCACUGUCAGCAUGAACAACCAGCAUUUGGACGAGAACAACACCGUCAGCAUGAACUACCAGCAUUUGGACGACAACAGCACCGUCAGCAUGAACUACCAGCAUUUGGACGAGAACAACACCGUCAGCAUGAACCACCAGCAUUUGGACGACAACAACACCAACAGCAUGAACUACCAGCAUUUGGACGACGACAACACCAUCAGCAUGAAUAUCAAUGAGUUGAAUGAGAACAGCACUGUCAGCAUGAAUGACCAUCAGUUGGACAAGAACUCCAUCGGCAUGAAUGGCCAACAGUUUGAUGAAAAGAACACCAUCAGCAUGAUUGACAAGCAGUUGGAUGAAAACAGCACCAUUGGCAUGAAUGACAAGCAGUCGGAUGAGGACAUCAUCAACAUGAAUGACAAGCAGUCGGAUGAGGACAUCAUCAACAUGAACGACCAUCAGUUGGAUGAAAUGGACCUGAAAUCACAUGACAACCUGGAUGCUGAUCUAGAUUUUCUGUGUGAGAAUUGUGGACUUCAGUUUGAAAGAUGUUCAAGUUUGAUAGAGCACUACCAGGUUCAUAAGGCCCCCAAAUUGGCAAGUGAAGAUGACCACAGACAUGUGGAAGAAUUUGAUUACAGUCUGUUCUUUGGUGAUGAGGAACUCAAAGAAGUUUCUGAAAUGAAAUCAGGGCCAAGGUUGUAUGUUGAUGACAUAAUGGAUUUAAUGAAUGAAAGAUUUGAUGUACCCACUGGGGGAAGGAACAGCAUGUCAUCAGAAACUGGAUUGUUCCAUGAAGGAAACAGUGGUCAAGACCACACAGACAUGCAUGAAGAUCAAAUGGUUACAGAGAAUCUAUGGGCAAAGGAUCAAGUUGAGUGUUUCAGGCCUAAUCAAGUUAAGCAGCAGAAAGUGUUUGAGGUGUCCGAGGUUUAUGCUCUGGAUUGCGCAUAUCAUGAAUGUGGAGGAUGGAAGUUCACAAAGUUGUUAAAGGCUGACGACAAGUGUGAAACCCAAACCUCUGACAUUGCUGUCCCUUGGAAUACUGACAAUAAUUGGACAUCCAUCUUGGAUCCCAAAGGACACGAUGCAACCAUCCCUGAUCCCAGUGGAUGUGAUCAGACCAUCUCUAAUCCCAGUGAAUGUGAUCAGACCAUCUCUAAUCCCAGUGAAUGUGAUCAGACCAUCUCUAAUCCCAGUGAAUGUGAUCAGACCAUCUCUAAUCCCAGUGAAUAUGGUCAAACCAUCUCUAAUCCCAGUGAAUGUGAUCAGACCAUCUCUAAUCCCAGUGAAUAUGGUCAAACCAUCCAAGAUAAAAAUGGAUAUGAUGCAACCAUCACACAUCCAAAAGGAUAUGAUCAAACUAUCCCAGAUUCAAAAGGAUAUGUUGUUACUAUGCCAGACCCUAAAUGGCAUGAAAGAACCUUCAAGGAUCAUGCAGGAUGUGACAAAAUCUUCUCACAUCCUGAAGGAUAUGUUGUUACAAUCCCAGAUUGCAAAGGGUAUGAUAAAAACAAUCCUGAUUGCAAAGGAUAUGAUAGCAUGUUUGAUCCUACAGGAUAUGACAAUACAAUCAAAGAUACCAAGGGAAUUGAUACUACCAACCAAGAUUCUAGUGGAUAUGUUGUUACCACCCCAGACAACAAAGGAUAUGUCAAUCAUGAUGCUGAAUUUGAACUCAUCAUCACUUGGAACUCUGACAGUUCAUCUAUGUAUUCAGAAAAUGUCAAUAUGGAAAAUGUCUGCAGUGAAGAAAGACUUGAUGCAGAUGGACAUCAUUUCUCAAAUGAUGCACUGUCCUUUGAUGUGUGUAGUCGUGAUUUGAAACCAAUUAAGGUUUAUAAUUUCGAGGAUGUUUUUGAAAAGUUUGUUUCUGACAGAAAUUCCAAUAAGUGUGUUGAAAUUGAUGAGUGCACUGAUACCAUAUUCGUUUGCAGUUACUGUAGAGAAUGGUUUUUAACAGAUCCUGACCUUAAAGACCACUUAUUGCAGCAUUGGGACAAUCCAAACUUUAGCAGUGUUGGUAAAGAGGAUGUUCACUCUAGCUGUAGCAGUAUUGGUAAGGAGCAUGGUCAUUCAAGCUUAAGCAGUGUUGGUAAAGAGGAUGUUCACUCUAGCUGUAGCAGUAUUGGUAAGGAGCAUGGUCAUUCAAGCUUAAGCAGUGUUGACUCAGUUUUAAGCAUGAUCCCAAAUGGAUCUUUUGACACAAAUGGGGACCUUAUUCAAUCCUCUCAGUUCAACUCAUUUGAAGAAUUUUGGAUUUCUGAUUCAUCUUCCCAAGUUCUGACUGAGCAAUCAGAACAACCGGCUCAGGAGAAUCCAAGGGAAACUGAGCAGGUAGAGCCAGUCGAUUUACGUAGACACUUCAACACCGUAGAACAGAACACUGAUUGUCACAAUCAGUUGAAGGUUGAUCAGAUCACUUACUUAGACACCUUGGACAACAUAAAAAUCACAUGCCAUCAGUGCAGCAGAUCGUUCAAGGAGGAUCACCUAUUCUGCCACGACCCAUGCUUUACCAACAAAAACAAGGACCUGGAUGAUUGUGGGAUCUGUCAUCGUAAGUUUUCUUCCUAUAGAAGUGUUCUAACACACAUGAGAGCCCACAGUGAACUGGCAAAACCCAACAAAUGUUCCAUGUGCCCAAGAACCUACAUGAAUAAGGCUGUGUUGGAUGUGCACUGUGCGGUCCAUACCUUGGAGAACCAAGAGUGUCACAUCUGUGGUAAGCUGGUGAACCCCGCCCUGUUGAAAUACCAUGUAAAGCUUCACGAUAGGAACGAAGGGCAGCAGAGGUCGCUGCAGUGUGUUGUGUGUGAACAGGGCUUUCAGAGCAUGGCCUCCUUGGCCUCCCAUCAGUACUCGGAACAUGACAUGCAGGAUGAUUCUGUCACUGAUAUCAUCUCCUGCUACAAGUGCCCCCACUGCAAGGAGGAAAUGCAGCACAAGCCGUUAUUCAUAGCUCAUGUCGCUAGUCACACUGGUGUCUUCCCAUUCGAGUGUAGCCAGUGCAUGGAAGGCUUCUUCUACAAGACUCUGCUCAAUGUGCAUUCAAUUAAAUAUCAUUCUGUGCCUUGAAAAAUGGUUAAGUAUUUUGAACAUUUUUGCAUGGAAACAAAAUGCAGUUAGAAUUUGGGUUAUCAAUUUGGUGAAAAGGACUUAACUGUUCUCAUUUGGCUUCAACUAAAUUGCUGCAAGAACAAAUUAAUGCGACAAUACAAUUCUCUCUUUUUCGUCCCUUUAUGGUUUACAGAAUACAAAUAAAGUUUCAUUUGUGAUGAAAACCAAAGUACUGAAAUGUGUUCAAGUGAUCCUUCAUUAAAAGAAGAGACCUAAAAAUAUAACCUGACCUAUCAGGAUGGAUAAAAAGAUUGUUUUUGGCUUGAAAUUUGAAAUCUUAGAGGAUUUUGUUGCCAAUACAUAGGACAUUAUCUAAUUUUAAUCCAUUGUACUUGAUACACAUUAGGCCUGAUUCACUUGAUUAUUAGAUCACCACCAAACACCCUGCCUAACAUUAUUUUAUUGUCCCUCCAUUUUAUAAGUACCAAUACCUUUACUUCAUGAAAGACAUGACAAACCUAGCCCUACCAACCAUUCUUGAUACAUAGGAAUCAUGUGUCAAAUAUCCACAGAUGCCUUGAUCAGUUCGCUUAAAGUAAAAUAUUUUAAUAUGGGAGCUAGUGUAUUCUGUAAUCGACUUAUCAUUGUUCUUAAGUUACUUUCAAGUUCAUAAAUUUUGCCGUUUUCAUUUUCAUUCCAAGGAAUAUUCAGUUAAUCUAUAUUGUGUAGGGGUUUCUGAGAACAUCCCUGAUUUUGAGCUAUUAGUUCUAUCAAAUGUUAUUUUGUUGUCCUCUGGUCAUUAGUGAUACUGUUUAUCUUCACAAUUGUUAUCCAUUGGUAUGUGGGGGCACGGGUGGCCCAGUCCUCUAAGGUGCUGCGAUUGGCGGUGCUGAGUUGCGUCCCUUGGGCACGCCAGAAACCUAUGAUUGUGGGUUCGAGUUCCGAUUCGCCCCAAUUA